AUGCGUAGCUUCUACUAUAACUGGAGACAAUAUAUCAUCUCAAAGAUCGAGGAUCGUGCAGAGAUUGCUAAUUUCCAUGUUGAUAGGCUGGGCCUCGAGGCCUCCAAAGCUUCAAGCUCAAGCCAGAUGGUCGAUGCAAGGUUGAGUAGCAACUCGAUUUGGGAUCGCUCUGAGAGAAUUAUCUCGCAGAUCUUGACAGACUUUCCUAAAAAAUCUCAAGAAUAUCCUUCAUCCCUUGCGAGCAAGAUUCUGGACAAUCUGUCUAUAUGUUUCUUAGCUUUGCCAGUCGAGUCUCUGGAGAUGGAAGUCUCAAGGGACAUCAGCCGCCACAGAGGCUUCAUCGAGGGCACUUUACCCUUACUUCGUGCCUUGAGCACCAUGAAAUUUUCCAGCGCCAAUUCCUUUGAAGACGAGAGCGAUCUCUUCGACAUCAAACCUGAUGAAGGAUUCGUCAAAAUGAAAGUGCAUCAAAAAAUGUGCAAGCAACAUCGCCAGAAACCUCAGCAUGCGGGUAUCAACACAUCACUGUUCGCCAGGCUCGAUGUGGCUGUGCCUACCACGAGUAAUGCGGCCACAGCAUUAUCCACUCACAUUCUUGCAGAGCUGAAGCAAGUGCUCUCGUUAUACCUCUUGCUUCUGCGGUGGACGGAAUUAGCGGACGACAUCAAAGCCUUACUCUUCCCAAAUGUAGAAGAGUCUGCCAAAGAUGUCGCACCUGAACUUUCGUCCCCCAAAGAUGUCGAGAGCUCAACAGAGUCAAAAGUGUACCCGAUGGUGCAGCCCAUGAAGGCUGCUCUUUACUUUGACAACGCGGAUGGGUUUGGAGAGUGGCGGAUCCUUGAAAUAUUCAAGAACAUUUUCAAGACGAUCAGACAUCUCUUGCACGGUCACUUCUCAAGCGACAAUCAAAAGAGGCUCGAUGGAACAGAUGCAGGAAUUCCGGUCUUCGAAGCCAAGUUGACCAAGGAUCUAUGGCUCGUGUACCAGAUUGAUUGCAUCCCUGACCAGGAUGGAGAGUCUGAGAGACAAGUCAUCAAAGUGUACGGGAUCUAUAAACACUCUGAGCUUGGCAGAAUAUGGAAUGCCUUGGGCAACCAUCUAGCACGCAAGGGGGCUGAAUAUUGCAGACGAUGCAUCUUCCGCACCAAGGCAGCCAACAAUGUUAUUCUGCCAGCCUCAUUCCCGCCGGCAGAACCUGAGCCAGAAAUCCCAGCGAGUCCGUUGGAUCUCAGUGCUAAGGACAUGGAUGAUGUUGAGUCUUCACACCUUGCUGGUCCUAGAGAAAUACGUAACAUUCUUGCAGUGAGUUACCGCAUGUACUCGGUCAUCCUCAUUUCUCAUUCUCGCAAAAGGUCUCAUCGCAAACGAAGACAUACACCACGCCUUCAUGCUCUCUUCUCAAGAAUGGAAGGUCGUCAAAUGCACCAUGUCGUGCUAUGUCUUGGGUCGAAGCGGCACAGGAUCCUUGGCAUUCAGCGAGCUUGGGAAUCGAGUGGCAUUGACAUGCCCAAGCCAUGUCAGAUUUUUGUCACAAAAUCUAGAACACUGGCGACAAAAGUAGGAGAAGACUUCACGAGGCUUCUAAAGUCCCUGACAUUGGCUGGCUCUACACUGCAAGAACUUGCCAAACUCAAGGCACAAAGCAUUCUGAAUGAUCUUGUUGAUCAUGAUGACGCUCCUGAGUCGCAGAUGAAUAUACCAAUGAGAUACAGUCAACUCGAGGACAAACAUUUCCCCCUAUUCGUGACUUUCGAUCAGCUAGCAAAGAUGAUUGCAGCGGAUGUCUUCGACAUGGACGAUCCUAAGAUGAGACGUAGCGCUGAACUGUUCUUCACCACCGAUGAUGCAGAGACACAUGAUUCGCUUGUCACCUAUAAUAUAUUCAAAAAUCAAUAUUGGCCACAUUUUCCGCAGGGUCUCACCAAGAACCUCAGUAGUGCUGCUUCCUUUGCGAUUCAUGGUUGGUUUUCAGCGAGUUUCUGGGCAAGUACAAAUCUGUAUCCAAUAAAGCAGCUCCUGAACCCCCACAUAGGUAUCAUCAAAGGCUCAGAACAGGCAUUGAGCUGUCCGGAUGGUGUUCUCGACCGUUCAAGCUAUCUCUGCAUUUCUCGUCGCUCUAAUCCGAUUUCUGCGAACCACAUGGACAGUGUCUACAAUAUAUUCGAGAUUUACAAGAAGUUCAAGAAGUAUAAAUACCAUCUCAAUGUUGCGGAUCGUAUGCACACGAUCCUCAAGGUCUUAGGAGAUUGGCGGUUUCCUGGUCGACAAAUUGAUUACCUGUAUGUCGACGAGGCGCAAGACAAUCUGUUGAUCGAUGCACUGGUUUUGAGGCGAUUGUGUAGGAAUCCAGACGGACUUUUCUGGGCUGCGGAUACUGUGCAAGCGAUCUCUGCUGGAAGUUCCUUCAGGUUCAACGAUCUGAAAGUGUUUAUCUAUUGUGUGGAGCAGCAAAGUAUCUUGGUCAACUCCGCUAGAGCUCCUGUGCAUCAACCAACGAUGUUCCAAUUGGGCAUGAACUAUAGGUCACACGGUGGCAUCGUGAACUGCGCUCAUUCUGUCAUAGAGCUCAUCACGAAGUUCUGGCCAGAUUCAAUUGAUCACCUCCAACCUGAAAAGGGGAUGGUGGAUGGAGUGAAGCCAAUCUUUUUCAUGGGCCCAGAUGAUGACACUUGCUGCAAACAGUUUUUAGUUGGGGAGAGAGACGAGCUUGGACCUAACCAAUGCAUACUUGUACGUAACGAUGCAGCGUGCCAGAAGUUACGAGAACAAGUAGGUGAUAUUGGAAUCAUUAUGACGCUCUAUGAAAGCAAAGGCCUUGAGUUCGAUGAUGUUCUCUUGUACGGCUUUUUUGAAGAUUCCGUCAUAGAUGUGUUGCGGUGGCGGGUAAUUCUCAAUGGGGUGGAUAGUCAAGGUUAUGCACCCGAUUUUUACCACGACGAGACCCGAUAUGCUGGAAUAUGCAGUGAAUUGAAACACCUCUACUCUGAUGCUAUGCAUAUUUUCUGGACGUCUCGAAAUCUUAUCCAGAACUGUGCCCACGACAGCGAUAUUCCUCCCCUAGUUGUCUCCUUCAAUCCAGAAGAAUGGGCAUCCUCUGGUCGCUCACUGUUCUUGCACAAGCUCUACUCGCAAGCUAUGCACUGCUUUCAGCAUGCAGGCCGUCUCCGUGAAGUGAAGGUUUGCGAAGCUUAUCUACUACGGGAAACAGCGCGUUCCAGCAUCGGAGUGGCCUCGCCCAACGUCCAACAAAAAGCUUUUAUCACGGCAGCAGAUGCCUUUGCUGACUGUGGCGCAGCUGCGACAGGGAAUGAGAAAUGUCAAUAUUACCACACCUUGGCGGCUUGCUACGUUCGAGGAGGAGAGGACCUCAAAGCUGCUGAUACCUAUCUCGUGGCUCAAGAGUUUGGUCUAGCUGUGAAGAGAUAUCGCAAGGCUGGAUCUUUCGACCGGACGCUCUGUGUCCUUACUGACUACUGCACAAUGAUACCUGAGGAGACCGCGACAGCCUUGUGGACUGCAUGCCGGCUUUAUUACUGCCGCAAAAGCAACAAUCAAGCCCCAUUGUCUCUAUUCUCCUCAUCUGACGAGGAACUCGAGUUUUUGGAGGCGCAUGGCUUGGACUAUGCUCGUGUUUCCCUUCUCGAGUCUCACUCAAGGUACUAUGAGGUCGCGGAGCUACACUUGUCAGAGAACCGUCCCAUGGAAGCAGCUCAAGCAUUCCUUGAGGACAACAGAAAUGCUGAUUCAGCUGCUUGUGCAGCUGACGCUCUUCUGGAAUCCCUGUGGUGCAAAUACUCAUUUAGAAUUACCAGAGCUGCCGUUCCUGAUGACUCAGUGCAGCAUUCUAUUGCUCUCACCAAUCAGCUGCAGAUGUUAAAUACCAAAACAAUUCCUGCCACCUCAACUAUCCCUCUCAUUCCAAAACCUGAAUUUAUCCCUCGAAAAGUAUUACCACUAACCCAGACCUCCACGAUUGCAACUCCACAACCAGCUAUAAUCCCUAAUCCGCUUAUCGUUCUUCCACCCCCAGUCAUAGCACUGUUCACACCUUCUCAACUGCCUAUCAUCAUGUCUAAUGCAUCUAAAGGCAUAAAUGCGAUGCCUGGCGCAAACUCCACCAGAGUGCUGUCUUUCAAUGGCAAAACUUCUGAACUCCUCGAGUUCUUCGAGCUAUUUGAAGACUUAGCGACGGCGUGUGCACUUACAGAUGCAGAAAAGUGCAAGUUGAUCGUUCGUUACGUCAACCUUCAGACGAAGCGAUUUUGGGUAACACUUAUCGGAUAUGAAAGUAAAAAUUUCACUGCGUUUAAGGACAGUAUUUUAGCAAGGUACUCCAGGGCGGCCAAGGGUCAGCGAUAUUCUAUUCACGACCUCGAGCGUGUUGUUAUUAACAGUGUCGACAAUGAAAUCUCAACAGAGACUGAACUUUUACAGUACUACAGACAGUUCUGUCCUGUCGCUCACUGGCUUGUUGCCAACGGCAAGAUAUCCACUUGUGAACGGGACCGUUAUUUUUGGCAGGGAUUGCCUGCUACUACCCGACACGCCAUCGACCGACAACUCGAACUGAAAGACGCCAACUACUUGCAAACAGAAGCUACCGACUUUGAAGAAGUCCUCAAAGCAGGCCGUUUUGUCUUCUCUGAUGACACUUUUGAUGCCGACCUCAAUGAGCCGAUAGCAACUAGGAUAUGGACGAUACGAGAAGGACGCACUUCUAGAGUUAAGGCCGCUCCUCACUGGGAUUCAGACAAUGAAGAGGAGAGAAAAGAUGCCCGAAGGGAAGUACAAACCAAGCGAGUCGCCUUCACCCCUUCUCCCCCUGCCCCAGUCAAGAACACCAUCGACGAAGUCAAAGCAUUGGCAUGGAAGAUGCAUGGCCUUGAUAUCGGCGACAUCACAUACUCGGGUUGUUAUACCCGACUCAUUUGGGAAAAGGGGGACACCUGUGUCCCCCACCGCAUCUCUGACUUCACAAAUGCCCUGGUAGAGGGGUGA